AUUUAUAAAAACAAAUAGAGAUGAAACAGAGAUGAGACAACUUUGAGAAACUCUGUUAAAACCACAGAGGCUCAGAGAUGAGACAACUUUAAGAAGCUCUGUUAAAACCACAGAAAUGAACUGCUUAUUUAAAAGAUUCUAUAUAUUUUUUGCGCGGUUUUAAGUUAAAUUUUACGUUAAUUUAAAAUUCGCUUGAACAGCCAAUGACAUGACAAUUUUUGUUUUGCUUACGUAAAUUUAUCAACAUAAAGAAGGAAGCAUUAGUAAAAGUAGUUAAAUCUUUUUUUAGAUAAAAUUAAUGAUGGAACAUUUAAGCGAACAAAAAGAAUUUGUAUUUGCUGAAGAUGAAGUGCAAGUUUCCUAUUUACAUCCAUAUCCAAUAACAUCUGGGACAUCAGUUGUUGAGUCUAAAAAUAACAAUGUUACUUGUAUUUUUCAAUUGCCAAUAGAUGAAUACAAGCGGCUAUUGUUUAGUGCAAAAAAUACUGCACAUUUGCUAUGUAAUAAAUUAUGCGUCAAACGUUCUGCUCUGUUAGUCGAACCAGUAAAAGUUGCUGGUCAUCCACAAAUAAAAAUCAUUCCUUUGCAUGGUGUCAGUUCAGAAUGGACGCCGAUACUAAAUAAAGAGCCUGAAUAUUUUGAUGAAUAUCCUGGUUUUUGUAAUUCAAAAAAUGGACCGCGAAUGUCAGAGGUUGACUUAAACAAUAUUCAAAACAAAAUAAGAUAUAAUCUUGAAGAUAGCUCAAUUAGUUAUGCUUUUUACGGAGAUCAAAACGAUACGAAUUUAUUUUCAAGAAUCGUUCGGGGCGAAGAAAAACAAUGGCGCAUUUGGGAAGAUUCACACCAUGUGGCUUUUCUUACUCCAUUUCCAAAUACUCCAGGAUUCACAGUGAUAGUUCCUCGUAAACAUUUAACAAGUGACAUAUUUAGCCUUGAUGAUACCGAUUACGAAAAAUUAAUCGAAGCUGCCUACAAAGUAUCUACAUUAAUUAAAACUUCACUUUCGGUAGAAUCAACUUGUAUGAUUUUUGAAGGUUUUGAAAUUGAUUAUGCACAUAUUAAAUUGAUUCCCGUUUUUAAUAAGAAUGAAAACAAAAAUUUUAAAGAACCUAAAACAGAGUUUCAUUCAAAAUAUUUAGGUUAUGUAACGUCAUUAAAUGGAGAUUUAUAUCCAAAAGAUAAAAUGCUUAAAGUAUUUAAACAAUUGACCAAGGUGUCUGCCAGAUCAGGGAAAUCAGGGAAAACAGAGAAAAGUCAGGAAAUUCAGAUAUCUGCAAAAAAAUUAGGGGAUUAUCAGGGAAAUUACGUCAAAUUUAGAAAAAUCAGAGAGAAAUCAGGGAAAAUGGCUCUUCGUCUAACUUACAUAACUUAAAUAAGUUGUAUAUAAUACACUUAAUAUAAAAGUAUAUU